AUGAGUCUCGUACUCGCUCUCGUAUGUUUACCAUGUGCUGUCAUUCCAGCAGUGAUGUACAUCAAGAAUCUUGAUUACUAUCUUGAACCUCGGAAAAAAACUGAUAUUUCUCCUCAAGCAGUUUCCAUACUCAUUCCUGCGAGAAACGAAGCUGCUGGAAUAGCCGAUGCAGUACGAGCCGCUCUUGCCACAUGCGACAUCGAAUUCGAAGUAGUUGUCAUGAACGAUGGAUCGACCGAUGGGACCGAUCGUAUUGUACUCGAUCUCGCCGCAAAUGAUAAACGUGUUCGACUAGAAAACGCUCCAUCGCUUCCUCCUGGUUGGAACGGAAAACAGCACGCAUGCUGGUGCCUUGCUCAGACUGCUCGGAAUCCAAUUCUUUGCUUCGUCGAUGCCGAUGUUCGCUUACGGUCCGACUGUAUUAGUCGGAUGGCUGAUUUUCUCGAUGGUCAAUCACUUGUCAGCGGUUUUCCACAACAAAUCACCGAAACUUUUCUGGAAUGGAUGUUACUUCCGUUAAUACAUUUCCUCUGUCUUGGUUUUCUUCCCAUUUCUCGAAUGAGAACGACAACAGAACCUGAGACAAGUGCUGCCUGUGGCCAAUUCAUAAUGACGCGUGCAGAUGAUUAUUUUACUUGUGGUGGACAUAGCNAUAUAAUUUCAAUUUACAUGCCCAUGUUAAAUAUAAAGAUGGAUCAGUUAUAUAUGAUGAUGAGAUACUUGGAAUGA